AUGCGGUUCCUGUGUUUACAUGGUGCUAGCACCAACUCCGAGAUUUUCCAAAUCCAAACGGGCGGUCUGCGCCAGCCCCUCGAACAAAAAGGCCACCGAUUCACCUUCGUCAAUGGCAUUCUCCCCUCCGGCGUUGAAGAGGGCCUCGAAGGCGUCGUCGACGGCCCCUUCUACAGCCACUACCCACGCGACCCCGUCCUCCCCAGCGCCCAACUAACCGAAGCAUUCGAGCACAUCCAACGCGCCAUCGACAAUGAAGGCCCCUUCGACGCAGUAAUGGGCUUCUCACAAGGCGCCGCCCUAGCAGCAGCGUUGAUCGCACACCACACCAAAACAAACCCAACCGCGCCGCCAAUCUUCCGCGCCGCUGUCUUUCUAUGCGGUGGAUUGCCGUGGGAGAGUUCGGGAAUGGUUCGUCUUGCGCCGCAGCAGGAUACGUGGCCGAUUAAUAUUCCCACGGCGCAUGUGGUCGGGAAAUUGGAUCCUUUGUAUCCCGAGAGUAUGAAGUUGUAUGCCUUGUGUGAGCCGUCGAAGGCGGCGUUUUGGGAUACCGGGUCUAAGCAUAUGGUUCCUUUUGAUUUGAAGAAUACUGAGAUGAUGGUGCGGGUCAUUGAGGAGACGGUCGCGAAGGCGAUGAGGGGGUAA